AUGGUCAAGAUUAGCUAUUCGCUGGUGGUGCUCCUCUCGCUCUGCGCCUGCUCCUAUGCCCAGUAUCAGUAUCCACAGCAGCGUCCUUCGCCGGCAACUGAAGGUCAGCCUACUGGUGGACCGGUGGACAAUCGAAUCCUUGGAAAUCUCCUAGGUGGAGGUGGAGGACUUCUUGGAGGAGGCGGCGGUGGUGGUGGAGGACUCUUUGGCAACCUGUUGGGCGGUCUUUUGGGCGGCAAUCGUCCCCAGCCCCAGCCCUAUCCCGUUCCAGUUCCCGCCUAUGGUGGCGGAUUCGGUGGUGGAUACCCAGGCGGCUUCGGAGGUGGCUAUGGAGGAGGUCUUCCUGGUGGCUACCCCGGCGGCUUUGGUGGCGGCUACGGCAACCCCUACGGCGGUUAUUAUGGCUAA